AUGGCCGGCGACGAUCCCGAGAAGAAUACCCCCCACUCCUGGGGGAGACCCCAGCAACAGGGCUGGCCCGAGGAUGAGAGCAAUCCAUUUGUCACCUUCCGCCGUUUCGCCGAUGAGCAGGUCUCGUCCGUACUACAAUCCGUCACAGGCCUACCAUCGAGCGUGACCCCACCUCCCCGUGAUAGCUGGGCUAUAUUCACCGACGAUAGUGGCCAUAAGAGCAUUCUCUCUCAGCAGAGAAACGGCGGAGAGCCGUCGAGGGAGCGGGACUAUACACAAGACCGCGACGCGGGCGACAACCCUCCCGGAGAUUCAAAUGAUCGAGUCCCAAGCAACCGCGAUAAACCCCCAUCUCAAUCAUCUCGAUCGCAUUGGCCUGAGCAGGAAGAAAUGUGGCGAUCGCAGCCAAGAAAGAAGACUUCAGAUUUCUUCGGCCUCGACUCAUUCUUCGACCGGUUCUGGCUCGAAGAUCACCUCCUCCCAUCCUCCUCGCGCCUCUUCCACCCACACCACCCUUUCUUCCUCCCCGAAAUGUUCGAGGAUACCGACUCGCCCACGUGGCCCAUCGCAUACAUCAUGUUCAGCCCAUAUUCGCCCCUGCAUCUCGAACGCCAGGCCUACUACCGAGCGCAUCGUGAGGGAGGUGUGUUUUCUUCCUUGAUGUCGUCUCUGCGACUUGAUUCAGACCGCGAUCCUUCGGAACCCCAGUGGCGCGAGGCAUUUGAGGAUUUGCUCCGACUGGAAAAUGGAAAGCCAAUGCUCGAUCACGAGCCCUCGGCGGUCAGCAAGACCGAGAACGGCAAGGAUUGGCUUCACGGGCUGGUAAAGCGAGGUAGUUUGGGCGAUCGAUGGAAGUACGUGUCCGGCGCGGAUGGCCAGCCUUGGUCGGGUAUUACGUUUUCGGGUCGCGCGGACCAUGACCGACCUCUGCCCGAGAAAGAAUCGGCCAAACGGGAUGAAAAGCGUCAGUUGGGAGCAGAGCAGGAAGACGCCGACGUCGAGCUGGACUUGUACGAUCGAUUUCUGCAAGAUAUUGAAGACCGAGAACGGGAGUUUUUCCGAGGUGCUUCCGAAAGUCCUCUGUUGCGUUUUCUUCUCGACGAGCGCCGACGACAGCAAGACGAACUCGACCAAUAUCAGCGGAGCUUCCCACGGGUUGAGAACGAGCACGGUAAUGAAAAUGCCGACAGCUGGUUGGAUCUCGUGUCGGGCGGAAACAGGAAAACCGUCCCGGAGGAUCCUCGAGACUCGACGCCCGCAGUGGAGGCGAAGCAGACUGAGCCGACACCCCCGCGUGUCAUUUCCACCAUGACUCGGAAAGAACGCGUGCAGCAUGGCGAUGGCUCAGUCCAGACCAAGAUUGUCAAAACCAAGCGCUUCGCUGAUGGUCGCGAAGAGAGCGACGAGUCUGUCGAGGUGUCUCAUCCACACCCUCAACAUGAGGAUGGCUCCUCGUCUGAAACAGAAAAGCGGUCCAAAAAUGGCUGGUUCUGGAAAGACUGA